AAGUCGUUUUGAUGUAACCAGAAUAUCAAAGAUGGCGGCGCUGGUGGCACCUCGCCUGGCUCUGUUUGGCUCUUUUUCAACCAGGCCAAUUUCAGUUUUUGCUAUCCAGCAGAAAUGCCUACAUGGCAGUGUUAAAAGCGAUAACACAGCAACCACAAGUGUGGUGCCAAGCAGAGAGAGAAGCACAGCUGUGGCAGCAGCCAAACCUGCAGCAGUGGCCAGCAGCAAGGGGGAAUAUGUGGUGGCGAAGUUAGAUGAUAUAGUCAACUGGGCACGCAGAAGCUCUCUGUGGCCCAUGACCUUCGGUUUGGCGUGCUGCGCAGUGGAGAUGAUGCACAUGGCGGCCCCUCGUUACGACAUGGACCGCUUCGGAGUCGUGUUCAGGGCGAGCCCUCGCCAGGCCGAUGUCAUGAUUGUGGCCGGAACCCUGACCAAUAAGAUGGCGCCAGCUCUGCGAAAGGUGUACGACCAGAUGCCUGAGCCCAGAUACGUAAUUUCCAUGGGAAGUUGUGCCAAUGGAGGAGGUUACUACCACUACUCUUAUGCUGUAGUUCGAGGCUGUGACCGCAUUGUGCCCGUGGACAUUUAUGUUCCAGGUUGUCCUCCAACGGCAGAGGCUCUCCUCUACGGCACUUUGCAGCUGCAGAAGAAAAUCAAGCGAGAGAAGAAGAUUAAAAUCUGGUACCGGAAGUGAUUGUGUAGUAUAUAUAUAUAAAUAUGUGUGUAUGUAAAGGCAGUAUUUCUGGUUUUAUUUGGAGCACUGCUCUUCUUCCACAGAGCUGCAGAAACUUUAAUAAAAUGAGUUAGUUAUUCAAGGCUGUUUAAUCUGAGACAAAACAGCAUCUGCUCAGUUUAGGUUUCUGGGUCUUUAAACCAGAGAUUAACAGAAUAAACAGUUAACUUAAGGGGGGAUUAAGCUGCAAUAUGCACUCGGUUGUAAACAAAAUAAGCGGUGAACCUCAGUAUCCCUAAAUGUCAUUUCCAAUAAAAUUUGCUUCAUACAAAU